AUGGCUUCAACCUCAAAAAUCCGCAUUCGCAGCGCUACGCAAGCAGACGCCGGCGCCAUCGGGCGAGUCCACCACGCCGCCCUCAACCAGUUCGACGACUUUUACGAAGCCUUCUUCGAACGUAAGCUGGAAGAAAUCAUACCCCUCAAUACACACGCCGUGCUGCAGGACCCCAAGAACCACUUUCUGGUCGCGGUCCUCGCGGAAUCGGACGCCGUCGUCGGCUUCAUCAGAUACCACGUCGUGGAUGAAACAAAGCCAGACUCUACGACAGCACCAGUGGAGGCGCAAGAAAGUUCCGUCCAAGUUCCGCCUCCCGCGAAAAAUCUGUUCGCGAUCAAGGGCCAUAUGAAGGAGCUAUGGGAGCGCUUUGGUCAUCCGAGGGAGGACGAGAUGGACGAGUGCUACGAGAAGGCUGUGGGCGGGCGGAAACACAAUUAUAUUAAGCAUAUCAUGGUCGAUCCGGAACAUCAGCGAAAGGGUAUCGGGGCCAAGCUUUUGCGGAGCGUUGUCGACAUCAGCGACGCUGAGAGGGUCCCGACUUUCUUGGUGGCUUCGGCGGAAGGUUAUGGCCUCUACAAGAGGCUUGGUUUCGAGGAUCUUGGGACGUGGGAGAUUGAUAAUGGGUACUGGGCAAAGGAGAUCGUAGAACAUGAGAAGCAACUGGGCAUUGCAGGUAAUGAGGGUCUAGUUGGCAAGUUUGGUGGUACCAAGGAGAUUGAGAAGUAUAUGAUGAGGUGGAAUCACAAUGAUGAACCAUGA